CAAGUUGCCUAAUGAACAUAAACGCUGAUUGAAAUGGCGUCAGUCACGGUACGUGGCUGGGUUCUCUGCACCGUGUCUCUUCUAAACUCUGUGUUUGUUUUCAUAUCCGGUGCAGAUUUCAUUCGGUUUAUAUCAUUUCGGGCCAUUUACUAUAACAUCACCGGAGAGACGACCCUCUGUCAAGACUUCAUACCAUGGUCAGUGGCUCUGCAGGACAGCUUUGUCCUCAACUCUCUGGCUGUGGAUCUAGGGCUGCUGGCUCUCUUCAUCACGCAGCACAGUCUGCUCGCCUGGUCACCUGUCAAACAGGCCCUCCAGUCAGUGCUGGGGCCCUUGAACAGGACAGCAUACUGCUUCACCACUGCACUGGCACUCCAGAUCUUGAUGCACUACUGGCAGCCUGUGACCGGCGCCCCCUGUCUGUGGUCAGUUCGUCAUGCACCCUGGAGUAUCUGGUUCCCUCUGCUCUGCUUCUCUCUGCACUUCCUUUGCUGGGCAAUCAUCUGCAGCAUCCUCGUGAUCUUUGAUUACCCAGAACUACUGGGCAUCAAGCAGGUGUAUUACAAGUGUUUUGGUUUAGGGGACCCCCUGUCUCACAAGUCACCGCUUGCCCAGCGCCUCCUGUCUCACCUCCGCCACCCGGUGUGCCUGGAGCUGGCCGUCGUGCUGUGGCUCCUGCCGGCCUUGUCCCUGGAUAGGCUCCUGCUGGCGGGGACUCUGUCGACUUACCUGGCCCUGGCACACUCUCUGGACAAACAGGAUUUAGCCUACCUCUGUGUCCAGCUGAAAAGCAAAAUGCAGCUCUUCGCCGAGCCACGCCGGGGCAGCGCCGACACCAGCGACCUGGACGAUAGCAAUCACAAGGAGAAGUGAAGGUCUUCUUACUGCUGUGAUGUGAAGCUGACUGCUGUCUUAAAAAUAAAUAUUUUUCCAAAAGUGCCUUCUCAAUGAGCUGGGUUAUCUGCUGUGUUGAAUAAGAACAAACAAACAUGCUCUGGCCAUUUAUUGCUAAUGACGAAUGGCCACACUUAACAACUUAACAAAUUCAACACACUGUUGAAUUCUGAGUAAACAAAAUGUAACUGUUAUAUUUAUAUCUCUAUAUCACAAGAAAGAUUUAUCCAAAAUUUAUGACAUAUGUAAAAUAAAAUGCUCCUUUUUUACUUUUUACUACACUGAAUGUUUUUUUGUUUUGUUUCAUAUAGUAUAUUUUUAUAGGCUGUUACAUUAAUGUGCCAACUACAGAUGCACUGUAUUUCUCUAUACUCUAAUUUCAAACUUGUCAUUGUCCUUGAAAAAGAAUAUCACACUAAGAUUUCACACAGCAACAAAAAUGCAGUUUUGGGUUUUGUUUUUAAUUUGCAGCUGUAAAGAAAAACAAGUCUGUUUUCUGAGACUUUGAAUGUAUUUCGUCAGUUCCUUUGUAUUGUUUCGGGGCCACAUCAACAGUGAUGUGACCAAUUGUAUUCCACUGGAAUCUGAAGAAACAGAAUAAAGUUGGUAACAGCUA